AUGAGAAGCAUCGUUGUCACUGGAGGCGCCUCGGGCAUUGGCCUUGGUAUAACCCGACACUUUAUCACGCAGCCAGACACUCACAUUACCAUCCUUGACGUCAACGCUACUUCCGGUUCCCAAGUCCUACAACAACUUCAAACCGAGUUUCCAUCCGGGAGCGUUUCCUUUGAACAAUGCGAUGUCUCAUCCUGGGAUAGUCAAGCCACGGCUUUUGAGAAGAUAUACGCUGAAAAAGGACGCAUUGACAUUGUUUUCGCCAAUGCCGGAAUCUCCAAGGAGGGAAACCUGCUACCUGCAAAGGGGGAAGCUGGACCCGUCAAGCCGAAUCUCACAACAAUGAAUGUGAAUCUGGUGGGAGUUAUAUACACUGUCAAUCUGGCAACUUAUUACAUGUAUAAGAACGCGACAAGCGACCCAUCCGCCUCAAACGGCUUGAUCGUCUGCACUGCAUCAAAUGCUGGUCUCUACCCAUUCCCAGUCGCACCACUAUACGGAAGCACAAAAUCUGGUGUGAUCGGGCUUGUGCGAUCCUUAGCUCGUCGACUCGAGCAAGACAAGAUUCGCAUCAAUGCAUUGGCUCCAGCUGUCAUCGAAACCAAUAUCGCACCAAGCGCUGAUCUAUUCAAGCCUAUGAUCAUCACACCAAUGUCAACUGCUACGAAGGCAGUGGCUCAAUUUGUGGCGGAUGAAUCGUUGACUGGUAAAAUUGCUGAAGUACACGGUGAGCAUGUUACUUUUGCGGAGCCUCCGGCGUAUGUGGAUGAGGAUACCGGCAAGAACAUAGAAACCUUUUGGAACUUGGGAUACGCAUGA